AUGAGUGUGUUCAUGGGCGAGCCCGCCAUCAGUGGCAUGUUGGAGUUUCUAAGCAGAGACCAGCAACAUGCUGCUAUCAACGAGUUCCUACAAGGGGAUCUUGCCGUCGAAAGACAGAAGAUAGCCUUGCUACAACAGCAAGGCUCUCAUCAGUCGAUGGGCGGGCCGACACACAUGCGUCGACCCGAGACCUUGAAGAUUGAUAUCUCAAGGUACAAGGGAACCGAUGAAGAUUCCCUUUUGAGAUUGUUCGUCGAGUUAGACGACGCCAUCAGGGCCCAUCACAUCGAGGGUGACGAGAUGCAAGUCACCUUCGCCCUGUCAAAUUUGACAAGACGAGCAAAGACUUGGGCCUUAGGGCUCAAGCUUCACGAGCCAGACGUGUUUGAUUCGUUAGGGAUCUUCGGGUCUUAG